GAUAAGUUUUUGAAAGAAUUAUCACAAUGUGGACUUCAGAAAAGAUUACAGCCAAUAGAAAAGGAAUACUACAAACCAAAGGCAGAUACCAGUAGAAAUCUAAUACAUGUGCUACAGAACUUUAGUUAUGGGUUAAAGUGUAGAGUUCAAGUGCAAGAGGCAGUAAAAAGUCCAGUAGUAGAUGUUAUUAAAGACUUUGAGCUUUACAGAACUGCAAGCCCUUUUGAUAGAAGGGUGACAGCAAUGGAGUGGCAUCCAACAAAAACAAACAUUUUAGCUGUUGGAUCUAAAGGUGGUGAUAUUAUUUUAUGGGAUACAGACAGUGUUCACAAAGACAAGUUUGUCCAGGGUAUUGGAGCUGCAGGCUCAUGUCAAGCUAUGAAAUUCUGGCCAUGGGAUAUGAACAAGGUGGUGAGUGCAUCUAUCAAUGGGACAGUUACUCUACAUGAUUUUGAAACAAAACAAGGCACUGUAUUGGCUGAUACGAUGGAUUCUUAUGAUCACUGGUACUGUAGUCUAGAUGUGAAUCGAGAGAGAUACCUUGUUGUUGCUGGCAGAAAUGGAGGUAUAUUACAUAUGAUGUCCACUGAAGGUAGAAAGGUGUUUGAAUACCGUCUACACAAGAACAAGAUUACACAUGUAGAGUUUUCUCCACGAGAAGAAUGGCUGCUGUGUACAGCUUCAACAGAUCAGACAGUACAGAUGUGGGACGUGAGGUACAUGAAGGACAGGAAGAGCUCUCUACAGAUACUACAUCAUGAUAAACCUGUCAAUUCUGCAUAUUUCAAUCACACUGAUGGUAGCCGUCUGCUCACAACUGAUCAAAGUAAACAGAUACGUGUAUACAGGGCACCAUUCUGGCACCUGGAGACGACCAUUGAACAUCCACAUAGAUUCUUCCAGCAUAUCAGUCCUUUUAAGGCAACCUGGCAUCCCCUGCAGGACUUGAUAGUAUGUGGACGAUAUCCAGAUAAAAAUGUUGAAGGUAGUACAGGUUUUGAGUUACGAACUUUAGACAUCUUCGACGCAGACACGGGUAAAAUUGUAUCACAACUUUACAGCCAAGGAACAGAUGGUUUGUGUCCAAUAAACAAGUUCAACACCCAAGGUGAUGCUUUGGCUUCUGGCAUGGGGUUUCAUAUUCUUUUGUGGAACAGAAAACAGGAGAUUUCUAGGAAACAAUCAUUACUUACUGAAGGGAUGAUAAACAGUGCUAGUUAUUCAGGCUCACAGAACUUGGCCUCAGGACCAGCAAGGUCAAAUCAAAGGUCAAGGCCACCUGCACGGCAACAGAAGAAGAAGAAAACAGAAGAGGAUGUAGACGAGUUAAAAAAGAAAAUCAAGACUAAAACAAAAGAGGAAAAUAAAAAAGAGAAACGAAAAUAAGCAAGCAAGGUCAUGUGAUGUGAUAUUGAUUGAAAAGUUAAAAGGCGAAGAGGAUGUUGAUUUCAUGUGAGGUGUUUCAAGAGAAUGGACUGUUCAGUUUUGCUGGACGAUUUUCAGACUGACACACUCCUGUUUUGUUAAGAGUAGAGAUCUGUUCUAAUACCCGUGCAUGUUAAGGCAGCCAAUUUUGUAUCAUUAAGUUGAUUGUCAUAUAUCUUUACUUGGCACAUUACAUAAAUACAUUAACAGUAAAAAUAAACAUCGGGUAGGUUGUUUAUCAGUAUAGAUUAUGCUACCUUUUAGACAUGCUGUAUACAUACAAAGUGCUGCUUCUUUUAAUUCUGUCAUUAUCUGUAAAGUCUUGUAAAUACGGGUAAAAGAUUUCCUGGAGUAAAGAUUUAUUUAGAAACAACCUUUUUCCUGUUGAAAACAAUAAACAAAUCACAAAAUACAGAAUAUUUAGAACUUUUUUCUUCAUCGUGCAUAAAUUUUCCUGUAUGAUUUUAUCAAAAGAAUUAUUUACAUCAUCCUCUAGAUCUACUUUAGGUGGGUUAUUAUACUGGGGUGCCAUUCAUUUCAUGCUUUCAACAAUGCAAGGAAAGGACACUUGAGGUCAGUCUCUCCACCAGUAAAGCUGGAAGGUUGUUGUUUGACCGUUGCAGUGUCUGUCUGACUUAAAACCCAACAGACAAAGAUCUGCUAUAGGCCGAAGUUUGGUUGUUAUGACAAAAGAAAUGAAAAUCUUAAAACAUGAGUAAAAUAGUCAAUUUAAAAACAAGCUAGUUAGGCACAUAUUCAGUGUUAAAUGUAGUGCUUUUGAUCUUACAAAAUGAUAUACAUGUGUAUAUUAUUAUUGUUAUCGGUGCAUAUUGUUGAGAUUUUUUGGUUUGAUAGUAUUUCUGACAACAUCCUGUCACUAGUUUCAGCUGGUCUUUUAAAUGGACAUUGAGUUUAACUGUUGUUAUUUAUCUCUCACUGCUGGUGCAGAAAUCAUGUUACAUUAGUAGUUGGUCAAUUGCAAAAUACUGGUAUAUAUUGUUCAGUUAUCCAAGAACACUAAUCAGAUUUUCAAUGUUAUGAAAUUUUACCAUACAGCAUUUUGUUUUGCGAUCUUAAUUAUGCCUUCUUGUACUGUGUAUAUAUAGAGGAGAGAACUGUUUUAUGUGUUUAUAACUGUAAUAACUUGCAAGUGAAUGUGAUGUUCAUAAAAAAAUGUUAUUUUAUGAUGGUAUGCAUUUGUUUUGGAAUUUCAAUAUAAAAAACAGUAUCUCACAAACGUAUGUGUCCAUGCAUAGAGCCAGUAAUUCUGUUAUUAUGUGCUCAAGCACUUGCAUUCUUUAUGUGUUCAUGCAAAUUUUUACUUAUUAUGUGUUCUUUUUAUUACAUAACAUUCUGUGUGUGUGUUCAUGUAUUCAUAUUUUACAUGUUUAUGCAAUCAUGUUAUUAUGAGUUUAUGCGUUUUAGUAAUCAUACCAUGUUUAUGGAUGUAUAUGUGUAUAACGUCCAUGCAUUUGUAUUCAUUACACACUCUGUGUGCUUACUUUAUCAGGGAACUUUGUAACUAUUUUAAUAAAACAGAU